AUGUGCCUGUCCCAACUGCUCCUCGCUCCUCCAAGGUUCUCUAUGGAUCUUGGGGCAGGCGAGGUGAAGGGAUGGGCCCAGAUGCACUUGGGUGAUGUGGGGAGUGGCUUUGGCGGGAGACAGCAGCCAAUAGGGCGAGAGGAGGAGGCGCGUCAGCCAAUCACGGGGGGUGAAGAGGAAGCGGAGGGGGAAGAGAGGGAGGAGGGGGAGGACGGAGGGGAGGGGGAGGAGGGGGAGGAGGGGGAGGAGGAGCGGGAGGAGCAGCAGCAGGGAGGAAAGGAGCGCCCCCCACCUCCUGAGGCGCUGUUGGGGCUAGCAUUGGAUAGGCAUCGGUCGCUUACUGUGGCACCGACUGGGAGAGGCGCGUUCCGCGCAGUUCCGCUUCGAACUGACUUCCGCGCAGGGCCGCCAUGCCUCCCCGCGUGGCGGAGUCGCCGUCCGCGCAGCAAGGUGCGCCGAGGGGCGGCGCGGGCGCUGUGCGGGGAAGUGGGGGAAACUUGUCUCGCGGAGGGGCGGAGAGUGGCGGAGAGGGGCGAAGAGGGGCGAAGAGGGGCGGCGGCGCACGAGUCGAUUGCUGAGGCCAUCGUCGUUCUCUCAUCCCUCCUCCUCUCAUCCCCUCGUCACUCUCGACCUGCGCCCCUUCCCCCCCGCAGUGCAUGCGCGUCUGGCGGACCUCGUACUGCUGGCGGCGCACGAACCGAUUAUCGAGGCACGUUGAUAACACGCCCCUCCCAGCCUUCACCCUUCGGGCCAUCGCAUUUUUCUCUCCGCCCCCCCCUUCCCGCAGUGCACGCGCGUCUCGCGGAUCUCUUACUGCUGGCGGCGCACGAGCCGUCAGCGGCGCUCGCGGGCGUGCAGCAGCGCGUGCACGCCGCUGUGCCCACUCUCGUUGCGCUCAAGGCCGACACGCUCACCUGCUCACGGGAGGCCGAGUUCGCCGGCGCUGACAUGGCAGACUGCCACGUCAUCGCGCACAGCAUGACAGCUGGCGGGCCGGCAUCCCUGCAGCGCAUGCUGGCGCGCCUGGCCGCCGCCAAGCCGCUCCUGCCGUCCCUGCGCGGCGCCAAAGACGUGCCGCCUCCUUCCCUCCACACCGCGCGUGCCGCCAGAGACCUCUCUCACACGCGUGCCCUGCCUUCAGAGGGGGGUGCACUGUCACGUGCUGCCGGGGGUGCCGUUACGGGUGUUACGGGUGAGGUGGAGGGUGUGAGAGCUGGCAGUGGUGUCGGGGUACCGACAGGCUCCAGUGAGAGGGUGGGGGGUGCAAACGAGGCGGAUUUGCCUGUGAUGUCUGCUUUUGACAUGCCUCACACAGAGGGGGCUGAGGCAGCCUGCGAGGCGGCUGCACCUCUGGUGUCUGCUCCUCAUGAGGUGCCUCGCACAGAGGGGGUAGGGCCGGAGGCUGCUGGGAGGCUGGUGGGGCUGGGCAGUGCAAGUGACAAGGCUGCUCGGGAGCAGAGCGAUGAGAGAGCGUCUGAGAGUGGGGGUGGGGAUGGGAGCAGAGAGGAGGUGGUGGAUGGGGGGGAAGGGGGCGGGUUGAUGAAAGGUGAGGGGGAGGGAGGGGUGGCAGGAGAGGGAGGGACAAGGGCAGAGGAAGAUGGGAUGGCUAGAGGGAAAGGGGGUAAUGCGGUGGAGAGGGGUGGAGCAGGAGGAGGAGUGGUGGAGGUGGUUUUUAGUGCAGCUGCUUCUCGCACUGAUGAUGUGGCAGCUGUUGCUUCCAGUUCUGACGUGGCAUCUAUGGGUUCUGGUGCUGACGUGGCAGGAGCACGUGUGGCGGUGGCUGACAGGGCAGGUGUGAGGAGGGCGCUGAUGGGGCCAGCAGCACUGCUUGCUUUCAUCAAUGAUGGGGCUGAGGACACUGCUGAAGAUGCUAGUAUCGGGGCAGCUACUACAGGGGAUGCACAAACAAGUUACCAUCCUCCUCACCACUCCCAUCUGUCAUGCCAUGUCCUCCCCCCUUACAUCCCCCUUACAUCCUCCCUUCUCUCCUCCCUUGCCUGUCCUGCCACCCCCAGCAUAUCAAGCCGGUUGCUAAGGCUUAUCUCCCCUCCCAGCCUGCUGUGGCAGUCUCAACAACCACUGCGGAAAAAGGCGGGUGGAUCUUCAGAGCUACCCCAUGGUAACAAGAUAGGAGAAGAACAGAGGUUGAGAUUGGAGGCGUGGCUCGAUGAUAAGUAA